AAUCAAGUUUUGCGAAUCCUCUACAGGGCAAACAAAGAUAUUCACCACCUUUAGGUAUACUAAGCACAUUUGAUAGCCCUGCUGAUGACGACUAUGAUACCUACCACAACUCACUUGACCAAUACACUUUGGCAGAAACUGAAACAGAUGGACCAAUUUCGGAAGGAACUGAAACAGAUGGAAAAACUUUGAAAGUGAUAACAGAAAGUCUAUUAAAAAUAUUUCCAGUUGUCGGCCCGACGUUACCACCAUUCCCGCCUUUCAUCGGUCUUGAAGGAAAAAUUGAUUCAGGAAUAAUGCCAGUGGUCGCCAGCCUUAAUAAUAAGGAACCCAGAGACGCGUUAGAGACCGCGGAACCGUCGUCACGGAAAAUUAAAGAAAUCGCCGAAAAACAAUUAUGA